UCUCACGGUGUUGGUGGCAUAUCCCAGAGUGUUUCUAGAGCUGUAAAAAAAGUGCAUAAAUCCGUGAUUAAAUGUGAAGAAGAAAAGUUCCUUAACAAAUCAAGUAAAGAUGCUUCUUUCAGUGAAAUUACCAUUUGUCUCAUUACUUCUUUUGGGAUCAGUAAUAUCCAUCUUGGCGACAAAUGAACCAACAGAGACUCAGCUGGCUCAGUGUACUAUCACUUCUGGAGAUGUUAAGGCUUCCGCUCAGGCGAGUCUCACCACAAAACUCGAGGGAAUUUGUGAAUCAAACAGCCUCUAUACGGCCUUUACAUACCUAGAGUCCAAAUUGAUGCAAGAAAUCUACAAUAUUCGCCUGAUUUUGAGUCAAAUUCAGAAUCCUCACUACAAUCUCAUGCAGCACAAUCAAUUCCUUCAUCCUCCAGUCAACAUGGCUCCCACAAUCUACCACAAUAUCCAAAAAAUUGUCGAUCAAGCAAAGGAGCAGUCUUCCAGUGAAGUUACCUCACCACCUGCCCCAUCGACGCCCCCAGAGAGUCUCAAUGAAAUCCCAGAAAUCACCACAAAACAGAGUAUCUUCUUCACAACAGAAACCCCAGCGGCAACAGGAAAACCUUUCCUGCUGAAGUCUCUACCCUCAAAAUUCUCAAGCACACGCGAAUCUGAGAUCCACAAGUACAACAACACCAUCCUCUCUGGACAAGAAACCCAGAUCUUUACGUAUUAUUGGCGUAUUGAUCACUACAAGGAAAAGCUGAAGAAGAACAUCAGCCAAGUGGAGAGUCCAACAUUCGUUAUUUCUGGACAGAAUUUGCAUGUGAAAGCAGAGCUAAAUCACCUCAAACGAGACUAUCUCUACCUGCAACUGGAGCAAUCACCUAAGGAUGUCACCGGAAACAGUUCCAUCAUCCUCGAAACGGGAAGUAUUUUCAAGGAAAUCGAAACGAAGAAGUUCUUCAAGCACAAAAUUGCUAUUCUCGAUCAUACCAGUGCAAAGAGUGAUCUCAUCUCCCAGGAAUUCCUCAGCAUCAACAGUGGCUUCCCAAUUCCCAACAGUGCCAUCUUAUCCAGCUCCUACUGCCGCAAUGAUGUCGUCCUGAUCAAGAUUCUCAUUUACCUUUGAGGGUGCUUCGCGGAAUAAUUUCCCGCCAUUUUUUGUAGUGUUGCCAUAAUAAACCAAUUUUUGGAA